AUGCUCUUGCGGGGGGCGGGGUGGGGGGCGGGCUGCGGGGCGUGCGGUCGUGGGGGGGGGUUGGUGGGGCGGCGGGAGUGGCGUGGGCUGGGCGGGGGGGCGGGUGCGCGGCGGGUCUGCGGGGUUGAACUGCGGACGGGGUUGGGCGGGGGGGUUCUGGGUGGCGGGGGGGGGGGGUGGACUGCGGGGGGGGAACUGCGUUCGGGCUCUGCUGGUCUGGCUGGGUCGGGCGGGCUGGAAGGCGAGCCGGGGCAGCUCGGGGUGGGGCGACGGGUCGGGGGGGGGGGUUCGGAGACUGAUGGGACUGUGCGCGGGGGGUGUGGAGGGGGGUCUGGGGUGGUGGUAACAGCUUGCUAA